UCCAAGGCAUUCCUUGCUCACAAUGUAUAGAACAAAAGUCAGUUUGAAAGACCGUCAGCAACUUUAUAAACUAAUAAUUAGUCAGCUGCUAUAUGAUGGAUACAUAAAUAUUGCUAAUGGCUUGAUAAAUGAGAUAAAGCCGCAGUCGGUCUGUGCACCAUCUGAACAACUGCUGCACCUAAUUAAAUUGGGAAUGGAGAACGAUGACAGUGCUGUUCAAUAUGCAAUUGGACGGUCAGAUACGGUAGCUCCAGGCACAGGAAUUGACUUGGAAUUUGAUGCAGAUGUACAGACCAUGUCUCCUGAGGCUUCUGAAUAUGAAACUUGUUAUGUCACAUCUCAUAAAGGACCUUGUCGUGUAGCUACGUACAGCAGAGAUGGACAGUUAAUAGCCACAGGAUCUGCUGAUGCCUCAAUAAAAAUUCUUGAUACAGAGAGAAUGUUGGCCAAAAGUGCGAUGCCUAUCGAGGUCAUGAUGAAUGAGACAGCGCAGCAAAACAUGGAGAAUCACCCCGUUAUUCGGACUCUGUAUGAUCAUGUGGAUGAAGUUACGUGUUUAGCUUUUCACCCAACCGAACAGAUCCUAGCAUCUGGUUCAAGGGACUACACACUUAAAUUGUUUGAUUAUUCAAAACCUUCUGCCAAAAGAGCCUUCAAAUAUAUACAGGAAGCAGAGAUGUUGCGCUCAAUUUCUUUCCACCCUUCUGGAGAUUUCAUACUCGUUGGUACCCAGCACCCUACUUUACGACUGUAUGAUAUCAAUACUUUCCAGUGUUUUGUGUCUUGCAAUCCUCAAGAUCAGCACACUGAUGCUAUAUGUUCAGUAAAUUACAACGCAAGCGCGAACAUGUACGUCACAGGAAGCAAGGAUGGAUGCAUCAAACUGUGGGAUGGUGUUUCAAAUCGCUGUAUCACUACUUUUGAGAAGGCACACGAUGGAGCUGAAGUCUGUUCUGCUAUUUUUUCCAAAAAUUCAAAGUAUAUCUUGUCAAGUGGAAAAGACUCUGUAGCUAAACUAUGGGAGAUAUCCACUGGUCGGACACUGGUCAAAUACACAGGAGCUGGUUUGAGUGGACGGCAAGUACACAGGACACAAGCUGUCUUCAACCACACAGAAGAUUAUGUGCUGCUUCCAGAUGAAAGGACCAUAAGUCUCUGCUGCUGGGAUUCAAGAACUGCUGAACGGAGAAAUCUUCUUUCUCUUGGGCACAACAGCAUUGUCCGUUGUAUUGUCCAUUCUCCUACCAAUCCCGGCUUCAUGACCUGCAGUGAUGACUACAGGGCUAGAUUUUGGUACAGAAGGUCAACAACAGACUAAGGGACAACUUUAUAAAACAGUGAUUAUCCAGAUUCAUGAUAUCAUCUUGUGUUGAUUGUACUGCCAGCAGAUGCCUAGAUGAAAGCUGUGCUGUGUCUGUUUAAUUCUGUCACAUGUGGCAGAAAAAUAUCAAAAUACUGAGACGUAAGUUUUGCCCCACGCUAAUUUUUUUAUUAGUGUGUGUGGCAUUAAUUUCUGUAAGUCGUCACUAAUUGUGCUCAAGGAGUUGGGGGGAAGAAUAAAAUGAUCCUUGCAGGAAGGAUUAAACUUGUUUUCCUGUCUUUCUAAAUCCUGCAAAAGAUAAUGUGACUGUAUCUUGCUCAAACUGGGCAGUGUGAGCCAGUUUCGCUCUGCAUUGUGUCUGUGCAAUCCCGCUGGAGUCUGUUUGAAGAAUGGAUUACACAAGUAACAGCAGAACCUGGCAAAUAUUUUAAUGAAGCCUUAAGCUGCCUUCAGUUCUGAUUCAUUUUUUGUAAAGCUCCGUUUUGUAUCUUU